CGGCGAGAUCAGAAGGCGUCGUUCUAAACUGGCUACACCCGGGGUCGUUUUAGCAUUUUCCUACAUUUAUGGGUUUCUCGAAUGGACUCCGUUCGGAGGUUCCUAAGCAACCUCCUCCUCGUCUAUACUACACCCUAGAGGACUACGUUGCUCGUCCAGAGCAGAAUUGCUGACUGACUCCUGAAGAUGAGACUCGUGGUGAGACUCCUGCCUGCCAGUCCGCCUCUUUGUUAAAACUGACAGCGACCGUCAAUUGCCGUUGUGACGCCGUGUGACGUCUCGCCUGCGUCCAACCUUAAAAACACCUCGAAAAGUCACUCAAGCAAGAGUGGGGUGAGAGGACUCGGUGGAGUGAUACCCUAUAUCCAACAGAGUUACUGUAUCCCAUCUGAGGGGCUUGCAAGAGACUUCCCGUCCAACAGCGGACGCAAUGUCCUCCCUCACGGCGCUUCUUACGCGGCCUCCAAGCGUCCCUCUAACACACAGGAAAGCAAUGCAGAAUGCCAAGGUUCUCACCUCCCUCAUCCUCCUAGCCGUCCUCAUUACAUCGCUCUCGCUAGCCUGGUUUGGUCCUAAAGGUUCAAAUGGCGGCCGCUUCCUCAGUCGACGAGCAUACCAUCUGGAGUCACAGACGGAAUGCAAGCACAUCGGAAGCAUUCCCGACAACCAGUGUGCCUUCGCUGAGGCCAACUGCACUCCAUCCGAUGGAGUGUUCAAUUACUUCAUUAUGUACUAUUGCCGGCUGGGUGAACAUAGGGUUUUGGGGAUUAUUAUCUUGUUUUCGGCUAUGAUUUACGCAUUUUUGAUGCUAGGGAUGGCUGCGGGAGACUUUCUAUGUCCCAAUCUGGCAAACAUCUCCCAGUGGCUGCAAAUGUCUGAAUCCGUCGCCGGCGUCACACUCGCAGCACUCGGAAAUGGAUCCCCCGACCUAGUCUCUACCUUCUCCGCCAUGACAUCCGGUAAAGAGGGCGUAGCCAUCGGCGAACUUCUAGGAGCUGCCAUGUUCGUCACUUUCGUCGUUGUGGGGUCGAUUGCGAUCGUUCACCCGUUCAAGCUGCCACGGCGGCCAUUUCUUCGGGACUUGAUAGCGUUCAUCGGUGCAUUGAUUCUCGUUCUAGUAAUAUGCUCUGAUAAGAAGAUCACCCUUCUGGAAGGAUGCUACCUGAUCGCGUACUACUUCAUCUACGUGACGGUGGUGGUGGCUGGCGCGUACCUGUAUCGACGGCAUAAAGCGCGGAGGACGGAUAGUGCCACUGUCGCUGUGGACGAUGAGGACGUGGACGAUGAUGUAGCCUCAGUCUACUCCUCCAUAUCCCACCACUCCCACCGGCCCUUCUUUGAAACCGACCCCCUCCUCGGCGACUCCACCCCGGUGGAAUCCCCCUUCCCCCGCGACGAACCGUUCGACACCGACUUCUUCCUCCCCCACUUCAAGCCCCCAAAAUUGCCCCUCAGUUUCCACAACAAAUCCCUCCCCGUCCGCUUCAGCAGAUCCCUCACCUCCUCACCCCCAACCAGUUUCGGAGGCCGGGAACAUAGAGCGGAUACACGACCGAUAUUGUUGCGACGAAGCACUGACAUCUCGCCAAACCGCGGCCGCGCAAUUGCAGCGAGCUUGGAGUCGAGUAGCCCGUUUACGCGGUAUAACCACCACCAGCGUAUACCCCCACACGUCGCAUCCAUGCCGGAAGCACGACCCAAACGGCCGAUUUCAUCCACACCCACCCCCGAAUCGCCCACGUACACCGAUCGCCUCACCGACAGCCCCGCAGUUUCGGAAACAGGGUCAGAAGAGGGCGAUUUUGUAUGGACGCCGCCGACGAGUAAAUGGCGCGCGUUGCUCGAAACGCUCUUCCCCGUGAUUCCGCAGUGGGGAAGUCUUUCAAUACUGGACCGCGUGCAAUCGGUCAUUUUAUCCCCCGUCUUCUUCGCGUUCUCGGCAACCGUGCCGGCCGUGCAUGCCGAGGAGAUGGAACUCUAUCUCCGACGACAGAAGAAGGAGGAGGCGGGGAGGGGGGCGGAUAGUUUGGAUGAGAUUGUGGUCGAGGAGGCUGGAGAUGCGAAAGAUGGCGAGAGGGAGGAGGGAGAUGGGGUGCCGGCGUUUAGGGAGCUGAAUAGGGAGUUGACGAUCGCGCAGGUCGGGCUUGCGCCGAUGUUUGUUGUUGUUGCUUCUGGAUCCGCCACAUCGUCGAUAUCGCAUACUACCAUCCCCAUUUGGACACUCUGCAUCCCCCUCGGCCUCAUCGCUGCGCUCGCGCUGCAUUUCGGAACACGGCACACAAACGUGCUCGCUUAUGGACGCAUGCUUGCCAUUGUCGGGUUUUGUGUCUCUGUUGUUUGGGUCUAUGUGAUUGCGAGCGAAGCGGUGGUGAUCCUUAGCACCAUGGCGACUGUGCUGAAGAUCAGUGAGACUAUCAUGGGAAUGACGUUGUUUGCAAUCGGGAACAGUGUUGGAGACCUGAUAACAAACCUAAGCAUCGCACGCAUGGGCUACCCCGCCAUGGCCGUCGGCGCGUGUUUCGGGAGUCCUAUGCUAAACCUUGUCCUAGGCAUAGGCGUCACCUCAACCUACAUAACCGCAAAAGAAGGCGUCGCGUACGAACUCACCCAGUCUUUGGUGCCUAUCUACGCUUGUGGAGGCGCCCUGAUGCUCGGAUUGUGCAUCUCCCUCCUGUACAUCUCCACCAACGAUUUCGCGGCGAGCCGCACGUUCGGGAUGGGGUGUAUUGCGAUGUAUGCGGUGUUCAUGGUGGGGAUUUUGGUGGUUUCUAGUUUGGAUGCUUUGUAGUUUGUGUAGGUUUUUUUCUUUUUUUUUUCGUGGUAGGGUUUGUUGUGGUAGGAAGUUUUGGUGGCUGAUGCGAGAUGGAAGUGGCGGGGGCUGAUACCCUUUUUUUGCAUGGAAAUGGUGGAUGUCUACGAAACACGGAGAGUGGACCGGAAUGAUACAUUUGGAAAGGAAUGUGGGAGU